AUGUCUUGUCACAUAUUCGUCUACCUGUUCUUCGCCCUCAUUCAAUAUGUGGCCUCCGAUGUUGCACCAAUAACCGAUUUUGUCGCUUACCAAGGUGGACAAUUUGGUCUCAGGCCCAACCAGACCUACCACACGUCAAAUAUAAUAUCUCCGGUCUUUCUAGUCAAUACCUGGGACAAGGCAUCGGUGGAUAAUGCCUCACACAUCUUUCUGGCUUAUGCGAGCAAUCCCGAGACAGGUGUUGGGAUGUUUUUUUCAGCGAGCGACCUCAGUCUCGUGUGGUUCCAAGACGAAACUCGGGAAAACAAGGUCAACAAUGUAGGAGUUCAACAGUUCCAGGGAAAUGACUACCUGACUGUCUGGGUUGGAAAACAAACAGAGGGUCACGGAAACGGAAAGUGGCUCAUGCUAAACUCCUCUUACGACAUCGUCCACACUAUUACAACCAAUGGGCUCCCGAUCGGCGCUGAUAUUCAUGAGUUUCGUCUUACAAACGAAGGAACGGCCUUGAUUACGGCGUAUAAUCCCAUCCACUAUGACCUGAGGACAGUCGGAGGAUCGGAAUGGGACACGCUGUUGGAUAGCGUCUUCCAGGAAGUGGAUGUUAUAACUGGCAGAGCACUUUUUACGUGGCACGCCAUCGACCAUUUCAGCAUUGCGGACUCGUGUGUUCCUUAUUACAAGGGGCCUGACGGCUGGGACUGGUGUCAUAUCAACAGCAUACAAACGACCCUCGAUGGGCAUUAUGUGGUCUCUUUUAACUUCUGCAGUAUGGUCGUUUAUAUCAACGGCACCAACGGCAACCCCAUCUGGAUCAUGGGUGGGAAGAAGAACCAAUUUACCGACAGCGUCAGCGGAAGAGUGCCCGACUUCGCCUUCCAGCAUCAUGCGGUCUUCCACGACAAGGAAUUGAAACACUUGACUAUGUUCGACAACCACGUGCGUAACACCUCGCUUGGUUGUACUUUCAACUGUUCGACCGCUCGGUUCUUUACAAUCGACUACGCGACAAUGUCAAUGUCUAGCGUUCGUCAACUUUCACAUCCCAAAGGCCUGCAGUCGAUAGUGAUGGGAAAUGUGGAGAGUUUACCGGAAGGCAACACUCUUGUUAAUUGGGGACAUAAUACUGCACUGACAGAGCACACGGCAGCCGGAGAGGUCGUCUUAGACCUCCAAUUUGGUGUACUUGGAUCCGCGCUAGGAUCCUACCGUGCCUACAAAAAGAAUUGGAAGGGAUAUCCCACGACGGACCCGACUAUCGUGGUGCGACGCCAGAACGCCUCUUCGCCUGAAAUUCUUUAUGUGAGCUGGAACGGCGCAACGGAGGUGAAGUGCUGGGGGUUGCUGGCCUCAGCUUCGGUCAAUCCUCUUCGUCGAGUAACGCUUGUCGAUGCGGUUCCACGCGCAGGGUUCGAAACGGCUAUUCUUGUGCGCUCCCCGGAGCGGUAUAUCCGUGCUGUAGGCUUGGAUGCUCAGAGAGAGGUUCUUGGCAUGUCCACCAUCUGGGAUCGAGAGACACAGUCGAUGCUAAACAACCCCGGACUCUUCGCCCACUCUCCAUCUUUCAUCAUCAUACUCUCCCCCAGGUUUGUCGAAAUGGCCUUUGCGCGCAGAUUAGCCAUUCUCCCUGGAGGCCUAGGUGGCCUCGGCUCCAGCAUUGGCAAACGUCUCCGCGAACAAGGAGCCCGACUAGCAAUUCUCUACGCCCCAUUCGAAGCCUCUCGUCGAGACCAGCUACUUGAGGAAGGCUACGGAGCCACGCACAGCAGAGAUGAAAUCCGGACAUACGAAUGCGACAUCACAUCGCCGGAAUCUGUGCAGUCGGUGUUCGGCACGCUGGAGACGGAGAUGGUCUCUCCAUCUUCAUCCUCUGUGCCAGAUCGCGUCUUCCCUAGCAUCCUGAUCAACACGGCUGGAUAUGUAUCUCUCAGCGAUAUGGAGAUCACGCCUCCUGAAGAUACCAUGAAACAUCUUACUACCAACGUACUGGGGCCGAUGAUGUGCUCUCAGGCCUUCGCGCGGCUGUAUUUCGCGGCCUCAAAAACCGCGGAGUCUUCGACUAGUCCGCCAGCUCCGGGCCGCAUCGUGAAUAUUGCGUCUCAGGCCGCGCAUAUCGCGUUGCAUCGGCAUGGCGCUUAUUGUGCGUCGAAAGCGGCACUACUGGGUUUGACUCGCAGCAUGGCGUCUGAGUGGGGAGGUCGUGGCAUUACGGCGAACAGUGUCUCGCCUACCGUGGCAUGGACGGCAUUGGGGAAGAAAGCCUGGGGGGAGGACUCAGUCCGGGAGGCGUUCUUGAAGAAUAUCCCAACGGGGAAGUUUGCUUUGCCUGAGGAGGUUGCAGAUGCGGCGGUUUUCUUGUGUCAGGACUCGAGUGGUAUGAUCAACGGCGCGGAUAUCCGUGUCGAUGGGGGGUAUACCAUUCGGUGA